GCAGCGUGUGUGCGCCACAGCCGCCACCGCCGACUACAUCGACGAAAACACGACGGCGCGCGAGAUCAUUGUUAUUGACCUUUUUUUUUUAAUUUUUUUUUUUACCUUUAGUGAAGUGAUGGUUACCGUUAGUUGACAAAAAUAAUAAUAAUAAUAAAAAGGAAGCGAAUUGGAAAAUCGGUAAAGCGACGAAAAUGAGUGCACGCGGUGGGUGUGGGAGGCUCAGCCUCGUCCUGUUGACGUCCUGCUGCUUGCUCGCGGUGGGACUGGCCGUGCCCGAGCCAGCGGCCGAUUACAACAAGAACGACUCCAUGUGCUACGACUCGGAGGGCAAGCCCCAGAGAUGCAUACCGCCGUUCGAGAACGCAGCCUACAAUCUGCUGAUCGAGGCGACCAACACGUGCGGUGAGGAGGGCCGCGCGACGCCCUUCUGCAAGCAGACCGGCGUCGGAAUCAACGUCAAGUCCUGCGAUCUGUGCCACAAGGACUCGCACUCGGCCAUGUAUCUCACGGACCACGAGACGCCGGAGAAUCCGACCUGGUGGCAGUCCCAGACCAUGUUCGAGGGCAUACAGUAUCCGAAUCAAGUCAAUCUCACGUUGAAUCUCGGCAAGAUGUUCGACAUCACGUACGUGCGAGUGAUCUUCGAGUCGCCGCGACCCGAGUCCUGGGGCAUCUACAAGCGUCGCAACGAGAACUCCGAGUGGGAGCCCUAUCAGUUCUACUCGCUGACGUGUCGCGACACCUACGGCCUGCCCGAGUCCAAGGAGACGAUGUUCGGCGACGACACCCGCGUGCUCUGCACGAGCGAGUACUCGGACAUCGUGCCCCUGUCCAAGGGCACCGUGGCCUUCUCCACGCUCGAGGGUAGACCCGGUGCUUACAAUUUCGAGUCCAACGGCGAGCUACAGGAAUGGGUCCAAGCCACGGAUCUGCGAAUCACCCUGGACCGCCUGAACACGUUCGGCGACGAGAUGUUCGGCGUCGAGCAGGUGCUCCAGUCCUACUACUACGCCAUCGCCGACGUGGCGGUGGGGGCGCGCUGCACCUGCAACGGCCACGCCGGCGACUGCGUGAACGCCACCGGGCCGAACGGGCGCAGCCAGCGCGCCUGUCGCUGCGAGCACUUCACCACGGGGCCCGACUGCGGCGAGUGUCUGCCCUUCUACAACGACGUGCCCUGGGCCAGGGCCACCUCCACCGACGCCCACGAGUGCAAACCCUGCAACUGUAACGGCUACUCGGACCGGUGCUACUUCGACAAGGAGCUGUACAAGGCCACGGGCCACGGCGGCCACUGCGUCGACUGCCGGGACAAUCGCGACGGCGCCAACUGCGAGCGCUGCCGCGAGAACUUCUACGCCCGGCCCGAGGACGGCUACUGCGUCGCCUGCAACUGCAACGAGAUCGGCUCGCGCAGCCUGCAGUGCAACACCGAGGGCAAGUGCCAGUGCAAGCCCGGGGUGACGGGCGACAAGUGCGACCGCUGCGCCGCCAAUCACUACGACUUCAGCAGCUUCGGCUGCAGCAGCUGCGAGUGCAGCGAGGCCGGCUCCCUGAACAACGCGCCGAGCUGCGACCCCGUCACCGGCAUGUGCAUGUGCAAGGACAACGUCGAGGGCAAGCGCUGUCGCGAGUGCCGGCCCGGCUUCUUCAAUCUGGCCGUGGACAACGAGUUCGGCUGCACCCCCUGCUUCUGCUACGGGCACUCGUCGCUCUGCAAUUCGGCCAGCGGAUACUCCAGGGUGAGCGUGGAGAGUACCUUUGUGAGAGGUGCCGAGAAGUGGGCCGCUUCGAUCUACGACAGGCCGGCUGCGCUCAACUACGACCCGAUCAGUCAGAGUGUCACGGUCUCGGCCAAGGAUCGCGACAGUGUCUACUUCCUCGCUCCAGAACGUUUCCUGGGUGACCAGCGAGCCUCGUACAAUCAGAACUUCAGUUUCAAGCUGCGAGUCAGCGACAACGGAGCCGCUCCCUCGGCUCAAGACGUCGUCUUCGAGGGCGGCAACGGCCAACAGAUCAUCCAGCCGAUAUUCGGCCAGAGCAAUCCGAAUCCAUCGACCGACAUGCAAACGUACACGUUCCACCUUCACGAGCAUCCGGACUACAAGUGGCAGCCACGUCUGUCGUCGCGCGCCUUCAUCUCCAUCCUGGCCAACCUCACGGCCAUCAAGAUCCGCGGCACCUACACGCACCAGGGCAAGGGCCACCUCGACGACGUUCGCCUCGACACGGCCCACCGCGGGGCCGCCGGCGAGCCCGCCGACUGGGUCGAGGUCUGCACCUGUCCCCAGGGCUACGUCGGCCAGUUCUGCGAGUCCUGCGCCCCGGGCUACCAUCACGACCCCCCGAACGGCGGCCCCUUCGCACUCUGCGUUCCGUGCAACUGCAACGGUCACGCGGACAUCUGCGAGGCCGAGACCGGCCAGUGCAUCUGUCAGCACAACACCGCCGGCAGCAACUGCGAGCACUGCGCCCGCGGCUUCUACGGACAGCCUCUGAAAGGAACGCCCGACGACUGCCAGGCCUGUCCGUGUCCCGACAAUGGACCCUGCGUAAUCAGGGGCAACGACCUCGAGCCCACCUGUACCGAGUGCCCGGUGGGCCGCACCGGCUCGCGCUGUCAGUACUGCAGCGACGGCUACUACGGCAAUCCCGAGCAGGGCGUGGCCUGCCGACGCUGCGAGUGCAACGGCAACGUCGACCUCAACGCCGUGGGCAACUGCAAUCGCGAGACCGGCGAGUGCCUCAAGUGCGUCAACAACACCGCGGGCUUCCACUGCGAGGAGUGCUUGGCCGGCUACUACGGCGACGCCCUGUCCGAGCAGAGGGAGGACGGCUGCCGGCUCUGCCAGUGCUAUCCCGCGGGCACCAAGGAGACGGCCGAGGGCGGAGUGGCGCCCUGCGACCAGCUGACCGGCCACUGCUUCUGCAAGCCCCACGUGGUCGGGCGCAACUGCGACAAGUGCGAGGACGGCUACUUCAACAUCAAGAGCGGCGAGGGCUGCGCCGCCUGCAACUGCCACCUCGAGGGCUCGCACAAUCGCACCUGCGACGCCCUCACCGGCCAGUGCGAGUGUCGGCCCGGCAUAGUCGGCCUGCGCUGCGACUCCUGUCUGCCCUACAGGUACGGCUUCGGCCGCGAGGGAUGCAAGACCUGCGACUGCGACGAGAUCGGCUCGGAGAAUCUUCAGUGCGACGCCAACGGACAGUGUCCGUGUCUACCGAACGUCGAGGGCCGCACUUGCGACCGCUGCAAGGAGAACAAGCACAAUCGCCAGUACGGUUGCAUCGACUGUCCGCCCUGCUACGACCUCGUCCAGGAAGCCGUGAACGAGCAUCGCUACCGACUGGGCGAGCUCGACGAUACGCUGCGCAAGAUCAAGAGCAAUCCCACCGUGAUCAACGAGGAGGGCUUCAAGCAGAAGCUCCAGGCCGUCCAGCAGCGAGUUCGCGACCUCGUCGAGUCGGCCAAGGCCGGCUACAGCGGCGACAAGAAGACCCUGGUCGAGCAGAUGGACGAUCUGCGCGAUCAGCUGGCCAGCAUACACAACACCAUACAGGGCGUGGACCAGACCGCUCUGGACGCCAAGAAGACGGCCUCGCAGGCCGAGAUGAGCAUCGACGAGGCCGAGAAGAUCUUCGACAAGCUCCGGGAGCAGAUACAGGAGGCGCAGGAUUACCUCGAGACCGAAGGCAAUAGCGCGCUCGAGGAUGCGAGGAGACGGGCCGAGCAGGUCGGACAGCAGAACCAGCAGAUGACGCAGAUCGCUCAGGAGGCCAGAACCGUGGCCGAUUCAAACAUCAAGGAAGCCGAAAAGUUGCGCAUCGUCGCCGAGCAGGCGAAGAACACGUCACUCGAGGCCUACAACCUGGCUAAAAAAGCCAUCGCCCGCUACACCAACAUCAGCGACGAGAUCCGCUUCCUGGAGAACAAACUGAUGGCCCUGGAUGAUCGCUACGCCGACGUGCAGAAGCAGACGCAGACCGCGGUGGCCAAGUCCGACGUCGUGUCCAAGGAGGCCCUGGGCAUGCUCAUACUCGGCUUCUCGCUGCCCCAGAUCAAUCUCACGGAGAUGCAGCAGCGCGUCGAAACGGUCAGCAAGGAGGCCGCGACGAUCAAGGAACAGGCCAGACUGCUGCUCGAGGAGAACACCGAGCUCAUACAGGCUAUCGAGGAGAAGGUGAGGACGAGCGAGCAGCUGGUCGACAGGGCCGAGGACCAGCAGGGAAUCACGGCAGACAUGCUCGUGGAGGUCGACGAGGCCCACGCCAUGGCCAAGAACGCCGUGAAUCGCGGCAGCCAGACCCUGAAGGAAGCUCAGGACACCCUGACGAAAUUGAGCGGCUUCGACGCCGAGGUGCAGGCGGCCCGGGCCAAGGCUCAGGACGCCAUGCAGGACAUCGACAAGAUACUGGGGAUGAUCGAAGACGCGCGUCACAAGUCGGCAGCCAUCAAUCAGGUGCUCGACGGCUCGGAGCAGAACGCCAAUAGGGCCCGCCACGUGGCACAGGAGGCCCAGGCGAACGCCAACAACGCCAGCGCCAUGGCCAACGACAUCAGGAUCGAGGCGAACAAGACCAAGGCCGAGGUGAUCAAGUUGGGUCUGGAGGCCGACAAGCUGCAUCUAAGGGUCAACACCACCGACGGAAUGAUCAGACAGUUCGAGGACAAGAUUCGCAAGGACGCCGUCAUUACCGAGCAGGUGAAACGAAAAGUUGGACAGACAAAGUCGAACGUGACGAGUGCCUCGCAACAAAUCAAGAAGGCUCUCGACGACAUCGCCGAGAUCACGAGGGAGCUCGAGGCUCUUCCUGAAAUCAGCAACGAAGAUCUCGACCGUCUCGAGGGUAGCCUGCGCAAGGCCGAGUCCGAGAUCCACGCGGCCGAUCUGGAUCAGCGCAUACGCUCACUGACCGAGGCCAAGAACCUGCAGACACAGUGGGUGAAGAAUUACGAGGAGGAGGUGCGCAAGCUCGGCAACGAGGUCGCCAACAUCGUCGAGAUGCGCAAGGUCCUGCCCUCGGAGUGCUUCAAGAACGUCAAUCUUGAACCCUAAGAAGUGCGCGGGGAGAGACCACCCAUUUUAUCAUCACACAUACCCACACAGACACGCCUGAAAAAACGACCACCCCCGCGCGUAUGAAAGAGUAAUUGUGCCAUUCGAUACUUAACAAACAAAAAGUUUUGCGUAUGCUGUAAUACACCGACCGAGCGCGUGCGGUCUUCUUCUUAUUCUUUUUCCUCUUCUUAUGCUUUACUUCCUUUCGAGUGAAACGAGAAGAUCGUUGCAAGAAAAACUAUUUGAUCUGAACUUGGAACAAAUUAUUCAUAUAUACUUUAAUAAAAAAAACCUAUCGCGUUAUUUAAAAGUUUUAACUUGAGUUUUGUCACAUUUUAUUACACUGCAAAACUUUAAAAACUUUAGAUACUACAUAACAGGGAGACCUCCACUGCCCCGUUUCAAGACUACUGAGGACUCUUACGCCAAAAGUCGUAAAGAGUACAAGGCCGGACGCAUCAUGACAAUCAACUGACGUGCAUUAGACUUUAAAAAAUGUAUUCAUUUUGAACUCGCAUGUAAUAAUUAAUAAACGGUUGUCAGUGCUGCUAUUUCCUUGCUAUAAGAGUGGCUAGAGUUUUUAAAGUUUUAUGGUAAACAUGUAAUUUUAUAUAUUUAUAGUUAAGACGUAACGCAUAUAAUUUAAUAGAGCAUAUAAAAAUACUGUAAUAGAUCACUGAAAACAAAAAAACAACUGAAUUUUACAAGAAAAACACAUGUUUAUAUAAAAUAUUUCACACGAUAUAAUGAUGAGUAUAAAUGAGUCGGAGAAUGCCCAAUUUAUCAACAGUGCGAUGCAUAAUGUAAAUCUUAAGCAAAUCACAUUAACGAUGCCAUUUUUUUAAUACUUAUGGAGUGUUACAAUAAUUUAGUCGAAAGUUUCUUCUCUCUCUUUUUUUAUAUGUUAUGUUAUGUAUAAAAAAUACACUCAGCCCUAAAGGCACCUUUGAAAGUCUCGAGCUUUUAACACUUUUCAACAUGUUUUUUUCCCUCUUUUUGUACACGAUCAGGUGCAAUUUAAACAAUUGCAAUACUUUAAGUAUCAUAUACCAAAGAUCUUUCUCCCUUUUCUAUAUGAUUUAAAUAAAAAAUAUUUAUAAAAAAAUAAUUAAAAUAGAAGAAUUAUUCUCUAUUGAUGCAUUUCUAUACCGGACCAAUUUUCUAUAUUCUGUUAAUUCAAAAUAAUAUGUUAUAUUUAUCAUGCGAAAAAUUCAUAUAUAAUCGUUAAGCUCUAUGAUGCGUAUCAAAUUUCUUCCUCAUACGUUUGUACUUUUAUAAAAAUAAUAAGAUUCAUUUUAAUUUACGCUAGUUUACAUAGUACAAAGAUGUAAGAACAAAAAAAAUUUGAAAAAAAUAAAAAAACAUAUAAUGAA